GGGCAGGAAGAGAUGGCAGCUGGGGAGACUCAGCUCUACGCGAAGGUCUCCAACCGGCUCAAAGGCCGCAGCGCGCCCUCACUCCUGGAUUCCCUCCUGGGGAUGGGCUUCCCGGUACACACCGCGUUAAAGGCGUUGGCAGCUACUGGGAGAAAGACGGUGGAAGAGGCAUCGAACUGGCUGCACUGUCAUUGCAAUGACCCUUCUCUAGAUGAUCCCAUCCCCCAGGAGUAUGCCCUCUUCCUCUGCCCCACGGGAUCCCUGCUGGAGGAGCUUCAGGAGUUCUGGAGAGAGAGCAAGCGUCAGUGCACCAAGAACAGAGCUCAUGAGGUCUUCCCUCACAUCACGCUGUGUGAAUUCUUCACGUGUGAGGAUCACAAGGUGGACUGUCUGUACGAGGCUCUGAAGAGGGCUGGCGACGGGGUGCUGGGCUCCUUCCCCUCGGCGGUCCCCCUGGUUCUCCAUUCUUCUGUCAGCUACCUGGGCUUCUUCGUGAAUGACAGCCCUGCAGACGUCAUCCGGGAAUUCGCCAUGACCUUCGCCACGGAAGCAUCCAUCUUAGCAGACUGCACCGUGAAGCCUUGCACCAAGCAGCUGCACCUGACGCUGGCCCACAAGUUCUACCCCCACCACCAGAGGGCGCUGGAGCAGCUGGCCAGAGCCAUCCGCCCCGGCCCCGGCUGCCAGUGGACCGCAGCGCUGUACUCCCGAGACAUGCGCUUCGUGCACUACCAGACCCUGAGAGCCCUAUUCCAGUACAAACCCCAGAACAUGGAUGAGCUGACACUGCGUCCUGGCGACUACAUCUUUGUGGACCCCACUCAGCAGGAGGAAGCCAGCGAGGGCUGGGCCAUUGGGAUCUCGCAUCGGACUGGCUGCCGGGGCUUCCUGCCAGAGAACUACACGGAGCGGGCCAGCGAGUGUGACACAUGGGUGAGGCACAGGACGUACACCUUCAGCCUGGCCAUGGACCUGAACUCCAGGAAGGACAGUGAAGCCAGCAACAGGCAGAAUGGGGAGCUGCCUCCCCCACAAACACCUGGGGGCAUGAACAACAUGCAGGCCUUGCAGGCUUCUAUAGCGAGGAGGAGUGUCUUGGUGGUGCGCCACGGGGAGCGGGUGGACCAGGUCUUCGGGAAGUCCUGGCUGCAGCAGUGUCUCACUCCUGAUGGGAAGUACUACCGGCCAGACCUGAACUUCCCUUGCAGUCUGCCCAGGCGGAGGAGUGGUUUCAAAGAUUUUGAAAAUGAUCCACCAUUAUCAUCUUGUGGAAUUUUCCAGUCCAGAAUGGCAGGAGAAGCACUACUGGACAGUGGUGUCAGCAUCACCUCCGUCUUCACCUCCCCGGCCCUCCGCUGUGUGCAGACAGCCAAACACAUCCUGGAAGAGCUCAAACUGGAGAAAAAAGUUAAGAUAAGAGUGGAACCUGGCAUCUUUGAAUGGACAAGGUGGGAGGCCAGCAAAAGCAUCCCAAACCUCCUGACCCCAGAGGAGCUGAACGAGGCGGAUUUCCAUGUCAGCACCGACUACAGAUCCCUUCUCUGGGUAUGUGUUUCUGUGAAGAAAAUAAAGAGGAAGGAAAAUGGGAGCUGUUGAACCCUCCCGUGAAGACGUUGACCCACGGCUCAAACUCAGCAUUUAACUGGAGGAACUGGGUCCUGGGCAGCUAAGAGCCACCUCUGUGUUUUGCACAACUUAACACUGCAAGGGCUGUGAGAUACCGGCAUUUGAAGGUGUCUUGAUCUGGCCGGAUAUGACCUUAAGAGGCACAAAACACUCCUUAAGAUUCCAGGAUGCAUGCCAACUGCCUCCACCUUUGUAAUUGCCACCUGCAGAUUGGUUAUCCUGUGAGCCAGGACCUGGGCUGUGUGUACCAUGUGACCUGGAGUGAAAUCAACAACUGUGACUGGUUCCCUGGAAUUAAAGACUCAUCCCCACUGAAAGGCUGUCCACACUGAAGGCAAUCCACUUUGUUUUGUGUAAUUAGCUUUCUGCGUUCUACUUCAGUCACUAUGGCCAUGUCCACACAGGCUGGCGGAGGCACAAUAUGCAAUAAAAUGGAGCAGGAACCCACGUACAAGACAAACCAGGAGCCCGCCGACCGCUGUCCACACCCUGGUGCUAGCGUCCUGUUUCUGCUGUCACGAAUCACCGCCACAGAGUGCUAACCAGGGGCAGCACAGGUGUUGAAACACAGAUCGGUCUGGUUGCAGUUCUGGUCAGAAGAUGGGCGAGCAGGCACCAUUCCUCCACAGGCUCUGGGGGAAGCACCCUUUUCCUGCCCUCUCCAGCACCUUCCUCCUUCUUACAAGCAGCUGUGCCAUUCAAAUUUCUCUCCAUCCCUCUGCCCUGCCUUCUGCCUCUGACCCUCCUGCCUGACUGUUGUGUGGACCCAUGAUGACACCAGGCCACUGAUGACCAGGGCAGUCUCCCUUUCUCAAGAUCCUUAGCUUAAGCCAAGUGGCGAAUUCCCCUUGGCGGUGGGAGGGAACAUGGGUCUGGGGACAGGAGGUGGGUGUCUUGGGGGCCACUCCGCAGCCACGCAUCCAGCUGCCUCCGCAGGGGCCCAGCGGGGGGUUGACCCUGAGCAGGUCGCUUCAGCAUCUCCUUUUCUUCCUUUUGAUCAGGUGGCUGGUUGGCUUUGCCAAUGGGGGGUGGGAGGAAGGUCCUGCCCUAGCAGAGAGGACCCGGCCACACAGUGAACGCUGCCACGAUGGUGUGGCUCCAGGGGUGCCUCUGACCUAAGCUGCUCCAGGUGGUCAAUGGGCAUCUCCCCAGCCCCCGGCAGGUCACACCUGCCCCCACAGCCGAUGCAUCUGGUGCCUGGAAUGAAAUCCCACCACGCUCAGGAAGGCCCGACAGCCUUUCUUCCGUCCCACCCUGCUCCGGUUCCAACACUGUUUCGCUGGCGCGGUUUGGGACUGGCUGGCCUGCAACUGGCCUUUUACAGGGAACACAGGGGAAGGAGGCCCCAGCUCACCUCCUCCCCUGGCAAGGUGGGAGCCUCAUCCUGUAGGCUAGGGACGGGGGGCAGAACCUCGAGGGGCAGCCAGCGGCGGUCAGACGAGGGAGGCCGACUGUCACUGCCUGGCUUCUUCGUCCAACUCUGUCUCCUGAGAGGAAGAAAAUGCUUUUGUCCCUGGUUUUACUUUCCUCCUGAUGUCAUGUUUCUGUCUCCAAACGUGAGGAAGUUUAAGGCAACACAGAGCAGAGGGCAGAGGGCAGAGGGCAGUGUGCCCAGGUCACCCCAGGCCUGGUCUGUGCCACAGAACAGCCUUCAAGGCCAUAACCCUAGUGACCCCAAACGGGUGCCAACUGGCCCACGUGGGGCGGGCCCACUGGGAUGGGGCAGGGGGCAGCCCUCCAGCCCCAGCUGUGCAUCCCUCUGAGCACCUGCAUGAUGGUUUCCUUUUCUUCAGCAAGCAUGGGGCUGGCAGAAGUCUUCCCUCCAUGUUCCCCCCAGACACCCCAGCGUACCCCAAACUUAUCAAUCACAAUGAUGAGUAAAACUUUACAAAUCAAGCAAAUGGAAUUUAAAUCGUGGCCACCUCUUCAUGGUGGUCCACUAGCAUCUGCAUCGUUCCUCUCGGGGUGGCCCUCUGCAUCCCACGCCCCCGGGUACCGAAGGCGCAGACAGGAGCCACCUCCUUGCCAGGCUACUAAUGGGGGUCUGCAGGGAACAAUGAAAUAGGCUUGAGUCUCAGAUUUUGAGGUCAAGUGUACAAGAAACGACAUUUUCCUUACACUUUGUCCCUCUGGUUCUGACAAGGCCCCCUUUCAGCAGCAGUGCAGAGAAGUCCAGUUCUGCCCUCUGGAGCUUCCAGAAUGAGCUUCUGGAAAGACUGGGCUCUGGGCAGAAGUGGGCUGGAGAACAGCAGAGACGGAAGGGCCUAUGGGAGUUUUUCAAUAUUUGGAAGUUUUCCAUUCAAUGAACUAAAAAGAAACCAAAAAAUAAAGAUCCCCAGGCAGGUGCUUGGUGUUUAUAAGCCUAGUCUGACCCCUGCUGACGACGCCUGGAAAUGAACUGCCCUCCACCCAGACUCCACGCCCAGACCCCACCUGGUCAUCUCCGAAUUCCUCCCCUGUGGGCUUGAAAAAGCACACCUGGGACAUCUCGCUUGUUUUGCUUGCAUCCCCCUGACGUGGGGGGAGCUGGGGCAUUUAUUUAUGCUUUACAAACCGCAUGGCACAAUUACUGGAACCUUUCCUGAGCCCUCCUCGGCUCUCAUGGAAAACAGGAGGCGGCGAGAGGGCGGGAGGAGCUCCCCUCAGGCUGGGCACCCAAGGGCUGGCAGAGCCUAAGCUGGGCCUGGCCUGACGCAGAAGCGGGAGCCCCCGCGGAGCUGGGCCUGGGACAGUGCUUGGGACAGGCGUCUCAGGGACCACUGGCAAACACUUGGCUGUGUUGAGGUGAGAAGGAACAGCCACUGUAAUUUCCCACUGAGAUAAGACUUAUUUUUUCGAACCACAUUUGA